AUGCCUGAUCCACUUUCAAUUCUAAAAAGAGAAAUAAAGCGCCUUAGCUUCGUUUCAAACGAAAAAAUAAGUUUAUUUGGUUACUUCACCGGAAAUGAAAAGAAUCAAAUUGACGCGUUAUCUCUCCUUAAUGACUGUGAUAAUGAUGAAGAAAAGCGUAAUUAUUUGAGGUCUCUGAUCCCCCCACCUGGUUUGGCUACAUUGAAAAAUCUUGAUGACAAAAUGGAUCUUAUUAGAUCUGAAUUAGGAAACGUUUAUGAAUCAUCCGCUCGUCUAGAAAUUGCAAAAAUAAACGGUUCCCAUUAUUCCUCCAAGUUUGAAGUGUAUGAUCUAAAUGGUCUUGCACGACUUUCUUUACCACGAAAACAAUUCCCCAAUGAAAAACCAAAUCUCAAUACCCUCGCUGACAGAGCGGAAAAGGCUCUAAAUGGCUGGGAAGCUCAUGAAAGGAAAUCUACCAGUUCGGAAAAUCGUCUAUAUCUCGCAAAUACAAAAUUCUUGGGUGUUAUGCUGAUCACUUCGUAUAUCAUGGAUCCAAAAAUAGCUAUAGAGAACAAUCAUGCACCAUUCGACGAAGUUCUUGAAUUGGACAUUCGUGGAAGGCCAACAAGUUAUCUUGAUAUGAAAAAUGUUUCUAUCGAGAUAGGGGAAAUCAAGUUAACGACCAAGAACCUACUUCAUGGUUACCGACAACUAUUGAUUAGACUUGCAAUACUUGGAUUCGCUAUUGAAGCGUUGAACAGUAAAGGUGACGAAGUAGUUGAUUAUAGGUGCGAUUUAGUCGGAAUAUUAUACGUCCCGAAAGUCCCUUCCGUUAUUAAUAUUCCAAGUGAAUGGGAAAGCGGUAUUCAAUUUCCCAAAGGUUCCAACCACACUAUAAGAAUUGUCGCAGUAGGUGAUAAACCAUGA